UUACUUAGCUUUGACAUUGACAAUUUGUCAGAAAUUGGUUUGGUACAAUUUUUGCAUAGAAUUGAAUGAUUGAAUCGCUGUUAAUUUUUAUUUUCAAAUUAUAGGGUUUUGCUUAGUGUUGUUGCUUGUUGUUAUUGUUGAAAGUAAAUCUACUGUUUCCAUCAUGCCAAGAAUAAUGAUUAAAGGAGGUGUUUGGAGAAACACGGAGGAUGAAAUCCUCAAAGCUGCUGUUAUGAAGUAUGGCAAAAACCAGUGGUCUAGAAUAGCCUCACUUCUGCAUAGAAAAUCUGCUAAACAAUGUAAAGCCCGUUGGUUUGAGUGGCUUGAUCCAAGUAUUAAGAAAACGGAAUGGUCUCGAGAGGAAGACGAAAAACUCUUACAUUUGGCCAAGCUUAUGCCAACACAAUGGAGAACUAUUGCUCCGAUUAUUGGAAGAACAGCAGCUCAGUGCUUGGAAAGAUACGAGUUUUUACUGGAUCAAGCCCAAAAGAAAGAGGAAGGUGAAGAAGUUGACGAUCCUCGGAAAUUGAAACCUGGAGAAAUAGAUCCAAACCCAGAAACAAAACCAGCACGUCCUGACCCGAAAGAUAUGGACGAAGACGAACUGGAGAUGUUGUCUGAAGCCCGAGCUCGUCUAGCAAACACCCAAGGCAAAAAGGCGAAAAGGAAAGCUCGUGAAAAGCAACUAGAGGAAGCCAGACGCUUGGCAGCUUUACAGAAAAGAAGGGAAUUGCGGGCGGCGGGUAUAGAAGUUACUUCCAGGAGAAAGAGGAAGCGUGGGGUAGAUUACAAUGCUGAGAUUCCAUUCGAAAAGAGACCGGCUAUAGGAUUUUAUGAUACGUCUAAUGAGGAGUUAGAUCCCAUGGCACCGGACUUUUCAAAAAUGAGGCAGCAACAUUUAGAUGGAGAAUUGAGGAGUGAAAUUGAAGAGAAAGAACGGAGAAAGGAUAAGCAGAAAUUGAAACAACGUAAAGAAAAUGAUUUUCCGCAAGCCAUGUUGGAAAACCGUGAACCAGCCAAAAAGAGAUCCAAGUUGGUUUUACCAGAACCUCAAAUUUCUGAUCAAGAAAUGCACCAGGUGGUUAAAUUGGGCAAAGCCAGUGAAGUAGCGCGGGAGGUUGCUUUAGAGAGUGGAGUUGAGACAACAGACACUCUAUUGAGUGACUAUACUUUUACUCCACAAGCUACUGCCACUCCAAGAACUCCAGCUCCUCAAACUGACAGAAUCCUCCAAGAGGCUCAGAACAUCAUGGCCCUAACUCAUGUAGACACUCCCUUGAAGGGAGGUCUGAACACACCUCUACACAAUUCGGAUUUCAGUGGGGCAUUGCCUCAAGACCAAACUGUUUCCACUCCAAACACACUCCUGGCGACCCCUUUUAGAUCAUCCAGAAGUGAUGGCAGCGCUACCCCAAGCAGUACUGUUGGGUUCAUGACUCCCAGAAGCGGUGCAGUUGUGCCAGUAGGUGGGCAGGGUGCUUAUGUACCAUCUGUCAGAGAUAAAUUGAAUAUAAACCCGGAAGACGGAACAGUUGACGUGACCACUACUCCAGCAACCCAGAAAAUGUAUCAAAAUUCUGUGAGGAGUCACGUAAAAGUAGGUCUCAGUAGUUUACCGCAGCCAAAAAAUGACUAUGAAAUUGUUGUUCCCGAGCAUGAAGACCAGGAGAUGCCAGAACAAGCCCAAGAGCAGUUGGUUGAAGAUCAGGCAGACAUCGACAAAAAAAUCCAAGAGGAAAUGAAAGCUAAAGCAGCACGGGAGCUUGCAAGUCGAUCGCAAGUAAUCCAAAGAGGCUUCCCCAGACCUCAAGAAGUUAACAUGUCUGUGUUACGUCCUCCCCAUGAGAGCUAUUCUUUGACAGAUCUCCAGAAAUCCGAGGAACUGAUAAAAUGUGAAAUGGUGACAAUGCUGCUACACGACAAUCUGAAAAACCCGGUACCAAACUCGAAUAAGAGGUCUAAUUUAACACAAGCUGAACAACUGGCUUUCCUGGAACAACAUCCGUAUGAAAACUUCCGAGACGAAGACAUAGCCAUCGCAAAAAAUAUGUUGAAACGCGAGAUGGAUAUUGUAAAAGUCGGCAUGAGCCACGGAGAACUUCCCUUAGAUGUGUAUACUCAAGUCUGGGAGGAAUGCCUCGGUCAAGUUCUUUUUCUCCCUAAUCAAAACAGAUACACCAGAGCGAACUUGGCAAGUAAGAAAGAUAGGCUAGAAUCCGCCGAAAAGAAUUUGGAACAAAACCGGUCACACAUGGCUAAGGAAGCAAAGAGAGCUGCGAAAAUGGAGAAGAGAUUGAAAAUAUUGACGGGGGGGUAUCAGUCAAGAGCUCAAGCAUUGAUUAAGCGACUUAAUGACUUGUAUGAAGACACUGAUCAGGCCAACUUGGAAUUGAAUACUUUCAAAUUUUUACUGGAACAGGAGAAAAAGGCACUUCCUAGGAGAAUACAGUCUCUCACGGAGGAUGUGAAUAGGCAGAUAGAAAGGGAAAAGGUUCUUCAGAAGAAGUAUGCUGAUCUACAAAUGCAAAUAAAAAAUUUGCAAGACCAGCAUAAGGUACGAAACACACCCCAAGAUGAAGUAUCUUCGACAGUAGAUGAGUAGAAGUUUAUUAAGAGAUAAAAAGAUUCAUGAAUAAAAUUUUUUAUUUCA